AUGGGCGACCCCAAGCCAGUAGUGGCCUUCCUCGGCCCCAAGGCGUCUUACACGCACCAAGCCACAGUCUCCUCCUUCCCAGAGAGCAAAUAUGAUCUCCAACCACAAAGCUCCAUCGAAGACGUCUUCGCCGCGGUCCAAUCCGGCACCGCAGCCCACGGCGUGGUUCCCUUCGAAAACUCCUCCAAUGGCUCUGUAGUCUUCACCCUGGACCUCUUCGCAGACCACAACGGCAAGUACCCAGAAAUUCUGGUUGAAGGCGAGAUCUACCUCCCCGUUCGACACUGUCUCCUCGGCCACCUCAACACCGACACCAACGCCCGUUCCAGCUCACCAACCAAACGCACCGAUCUCCCCUGGCGCCGCCUCAAAGAAAACGACAACAGCAAUAGCCCCAACCUCUCCGGCACCGCAACACCCACGCAAUCCACCCCGAGCCCCUCCAAACCCAAGACCGCGCCCGACCACGACAUCUCCCACAUCAAGAAACUCUACUCCCACCCGCAAGCCUGGGGCCAAUGCCACCUGUUCCUAUCGACGUACCUCAAAUCCACCGAACGCCAAGACGUCUCCUCGACUUCCAAAGCCGCUGAACUUGUCGCGCAAGACCCCUCUGGGACUUCGGCGGCAAUUUCGUCCAAGAUCGCCGCGGAGAUGAAUGGGCUGGAGGUACUGGCAGAAGGAAUCGAAGACCGAGAAGGGAAUUCGACACGCUUCUUCAUCUUACGCUCCGCCAAAUCACCCUCCCCGUCACUCCAACCCUCCCACGAUCUGCAUGCUGGCGGUGCUGGCGAUGACGCAUACAAAACCCUCAUCUCCUUCACAAUCUCCCACACCUCGCCCGGCGCUUUAGCAGACUCCCUCGCCGUCUUCAAAUCCCACAACCUCAACCUCACCUCCAUCAACACGCGGCCCAACAUCGGGGGCCAAGCGGCCUGGCAGUAUAUCUUCUUCGUGGAGGUCAUGGGACGGAAGGAGGAAGGUGGGGAGGGCGGGAAGGUGAAUGAGGCGUUGAGGGAGUUGGGCGGGACGUGUAGGGGGUGGAGGUGGUUGGGGAGUUGGGAGAAUCGGUUGCUUGAGGGGAAGGAUUGA